UGCCCCUCCACGGCGCAACCCAAUUCCAUCCUCAAUUCCAAUAUCAAAAGCGACACUGACCCCGCGAAGACAAACGUGUCUGGAAUUUUUGGCCAGACAGAAACGAUUUCUCCUUCAUCCGGAUUUAUUGAUUGAGGCCAAUUAUACCAAAACUACAACAGAUAGACUCCUGACUGGGAAAUCUUUUCCUGCCACCAAUACCCCUCACUCCCAGCCCCAACGCAAUGGCUGCAUUGCAGGAGCUCGCCGAUCGGACUAAGGCCGAAGACAAUGUCUACGUCGACACCGAUGUCGGUGUUGACGGCAACGAGGCCGACGGCUCCGAGCAGAAGCCCUACAAGUCUCUUGGCUACGCCUUUAUCCGCAACCAUGGCCUGCCCACCAAGACAUACCAGAUCCGCGCUUCUACGACGGGCGCCCUGGGCCCUGACGAGGAGCCCUCGACCCGCCUGAUCUGGAAGGAGCCGGCCAAGAGCGCCGUCAAGAAGGCCCAGUCGAUGCUAGACGCGCACAAGAAGAAGCUGCUCAAGGCUGACCAAGCCGCCGCCGCCGAGGAGGAGCUGCGCCAGAAGCGCCUCAAGAACCUCGAAGACGCCAAGAACAUCAAGAUCACCGAGGACCCCUCGCUUCCACCCGCAACAAGGGUCGAGCUGUGGCAGAAGGACCUGGAGCUGGGUGAGGGUGAUAACAAAGGCCCGAGGGUCAAGGUGUUUGGCCGCAUCCACCACCUGCGUGUCCAGAAGCACGCCACCUUUCUGACGCUCAAGAGCGGCCCCGAUCAGCUGCAGUGCAUUCUCUCUGGCGACCUCACCAAGACGUACGAGGCUUUGCUAUUCGCCCAGGGCACAGCCCUCUUCGUCUACGGAGAGCUCCGCAAGGUUCUGGACGGCAAGAAUGCGCCCGACGGCCGCGAGUUGCAGGUCGACUACUACGAAGUCACGGGUCGCGCACCCGGUGACGCUGAUGCCAUUGCCAACAAGGUAUCGUGGUCACAGGAUAUUUGGGAGUCGGACAUGCUUGACAACAGGCAUCUGGUUCUCCGUGGUGACCAGACCACGUCUGUGCUCACCGUCAGGGAGGCUGUCGAGCUUGCAUUUAUCAAGACUUUUGAGAGCAUGAGGAUCAAGAAGGUUUCGCCGCCAGCCCUUGUCCAGACCCAGGUCGAGGGAGGCUCAACACUGUUCAAGUUUGACUAUUACGGAGAGGCUGCAUAUCUCACGCAGUCCUCUCAAUUGUACCUUGAGACGGUGCUUCCCUCGCUUGGCAACGUGUACUGCAUUGAAAAGUCGUUCCGUGCCGAGAAGAGUCUUACUCGUCGUCACCUGUCAGAAUACACCCACGUGGAGGGUGAGCUGGACGGGAUCAACUUUGAGGACCUCCUCGUCCACAUCGAGGAGGUCAUCUGCCGUGUCGUGGACAGCGUCCUCGACAACCCCGAGGUUGCACGCCACGUCAAGGCUCUCAACCCCGACUUCGUCAAGCCCUCCAGACCCUUCAUGAGGAUGAAGUACAGCGACGCGAUCGACUGGCUUAACGCCCAAGAUCCGCCGAUCCUCAACGAGGAGGGCCACCCUCACGUGUUCGGCGACGACAUCGCCGAGGCUGCCGAGCGUAGGAUGACCGACAUCAUCAACAGGCCAAUCCUCCUCACCCACUUCCCCGUCGAGAUCAAGGCCUUCUACAUGAAGAAAGACCCCAACGACCUCCGGGUGACCGAGAGUGUCGACGUGCUCAUGCCCGGCGUUGGUGAAAUCGUGGGCGGUUCGAUGAGAAUGGAGGGCUAUGAGGAUCUGAUGGCGGCGUUCAAGAGGGAGGGUAUCGACCCGGCACCGUACUACUGGUACCUGGACCAGAGGAAGUAUGGCACAUCGCCGCACGGAGGAUAUGGCCUUGGUCUCGAGCGCUUCUUGGCAUGGAUUGCGAAGCAGCACACUGUCCGCACCUGCUGCCUGUACCCUCGCUUCAUGGGACGUUGCAAACCUUGAUUUGAAGUCGAUAAUAGGACUGAAAAAUAAAUGAGGAUACCUGCCUGCGUGUUUCUAUGCUGGCAUAUUUGCUAAUUCCGAUGCCGUGCUGAGCAGGCGUGCGUACGCACUUGUUGUCUGGGGUAAAGGAUUGGGUGACAAAUAGAUGAUAGUUGGUCACUGUUAUGCCAGCCACGAGUCUCAAACAUGAAGUCAACGUAACCUCUCUAUCACGAAAUACCGGAUAAGGCACGGAGGGGGUAUGAAUUAUAUUUUCUAUCCCCUUGCCUGAAAACCAAACAUGAUACGACCGAGGGAGCGAUCGCGGGGUUUUCGGGUUGCGUUAAAAAUAGUCUCAGUGUAAAAGAGCCAUGUGUAAUGUGGUGUAAAUAGCUGCCGUAGGCUAUCAAACCGGUUCAAGGCAAGGUACAUACCUAGGUAUACGAAAAGGGCAUACGCGGAUGGGGAGAAACAAAGAAUUACUAAUUACUGCAUGUGUAUGUAGUUGAGUACAGCAUCAGUGAACCAAUCGAUCAGCGAGGGAACGUUUGGU